GGGAACUGCGGCGUGUGGGGGUCUGCCAGCCGGGGGGCUGUGGCUGGGGGGACACAUGGCACGCGACCCCUGCGACCUUACAGCCCCGGUCCCCGAACCCACGCUCUUGUCUAUUCCAGGCCCACUCUCUGCUUCGCGCAGUCCCUGAAAAGCUGGGACGUGGACACACACUGCAGCCAAUGGCGUCGCGCAUGAUAAUCCUGGUACCCAAUCAAAAGGCGCGGCUGCGGGGACGGGUGGGAGCCACCCCGGACUCCAGGUGACUCCCUGGCAGGGAGAGGCAGUGUCUCCGUCAGCUGGUAGGAUGCCCACUCGCUCCAGGGCGAAUUAGGGAGGACUAAGCUGCCGGAGCGCGCGGGCAGGGCUGGCUGUAGAAUCCUUGUGUGCUGCAGCCGAGGAGAGCGAUGGAGGAGCAUCAGGAGGCUGGGAAGGAGAUCAAGCCUUCCUCCACGUUGGUGGAUCUGCAGGGAGACAGCUCCUUACAGGUGGAGAUCUCUGACGCAGUGAGUGAGCGGGACAAGGUGAAAUUCACCGUGCAGACCAAGAGCUGCCUCCCUCACUUCGCCCAGACCGAGUUCUCAGUUGUGCGGCAGCACGAGGAGUUCAUCUGGCUGCACGACGCCUAUGUGGAGAAUGAGGAGUACGCUGGCCUCAUAAUCCCCCCAGCCCCUCCAAGGCCAGACUUCGAGGCUUCAAGGGAAAAGCUGCAGAAGCUGGGCGAGGGGGACAGUUCCAUCACUCGGGAGGAGUUUGCCAAAAUGAAGCAGGAGCUAGAAGCGGAGUACCUGGCUAUCUUUAAGAAGACAGUUGCGAUGCAUGAAGUCUUUCUGCAGCGUCUGGCAGCCCACCCGACCCUGCGUCGAGACCACAACUUCUUUGUCUUUUUGGAAUAUGGACAGGAUCUGAGUGUCAGAGGAAAGAACAGGAAGGAGCUCCUUGGGGGGUUUCUGAGGAAUAUUGUGAAAUCUGCAGAUGAAGCUCUCAUCACUGGCAUGUCAGGGCUCAAGGAAGUGGAUGACUUCUUUGAGCAUGAGAGGACCUUCCUGCUGGAGUACCAUACUCGUAUCCGAGAUGCCUGCCUGAGGGCCGACCGUGUCAUGCGCUCCCACAAGUGCCUGGCAGACGAUUAUAUCCCUAUCUCAGCUGCGCUGAGCAGUCUGGGAACACAGGAAGUCAACCAGCUAAAGACGAGCUUCCUCAAACUGGCAGAGCUCUUUGAACGACUGAGGAAGCUGGAGGGCAGGGUGGCUUCUGAUGAGGACCUGAAGCUGUCAGACAUGCUGAGAUACUAUAUGCGAGACUCACAGGCAGCCAAGGACCUACUGUAUCGGAGGCUGCGGGCACUGGCUGACUAUGAGAAUGCCAACAAGGCGCUGGACAGGGCACGCACCAGGAACCGGGAGGUGCAGCCUGCGGAGAGCCACCAGCAGCUGUGCUGCCAACGCUUUGAACGUCUCUCUGACUCUGCCAAGCAGGGUGAGCCAGCAGUCCCUAGCCACUGGGCCACCUACCCUGCCUGGAUCACCAUUCCUCUUCCCUCUUCUGUCCAGAGCUCAUGGACUUCAAGUCCCGCCGUGUUUCUUCUUUCCGCAAGAACCUCAUUGAGUUGGCAGAGCUGGAGCUCAAACAUGCCAAGGCCAGCACCCUGCUUCUCCGGAACACCCUUGUUGCCCUAAAGGGGGAGCCUUAGAGCAGCCCAGACCCUGCUCUGGGACCUUCAGUGACAAGGGCCUCCCAGGCCUCCCUCCCCAGCAAGAUGCUUCCUUCCCUACCACAGCAGUCACUAGCCUUCCUUCCUCACCCCACCCCUCCCAAAGGUGCCAGGCCCUACAAGAGAAAGGGCAGCAUGGGCACCCGUACUUGGCCACACUUCAGCAGGGCUCCAGGGACCUUGACUUUCCUUCCCAGGAGGCUGAGGAACAGCCUUUAACCCCCUCUGGUGUUGGAGAAGUAGCUUAUUUGCUCAGCCUGUUCUUCACAAAUAAAGAGCCUGGUUUUGUAGCAA